AUGGAAAAAGAAGAAGAACAAGAUGAGAAGAGUACCGGGGAUGAUGAUGAUGAUGAGGAGGAUGAGGAUAUGGCUAAGGGGAAUUUCAUGGAUGCAAAUGAUAAAACACUAAAUGCUGGUGAUGAUGAUCGCGAGUUUCAGCAAAAUUUGGCUGGCGAGCAUCAUCAUCUAGAAUCAUCACCAUCACCGACUGAUGUGGAGAAUGAGGAGGAGGGGAAUGACGACGAUGUUGAUGAGGAGCGGGUGGAGUUUGCUGAUGAUUUCGACGGUUGCGAAGAUGUACACGUCAAAUUCAGAUUGCUUCUUGAUGAGAUUGAUCAAAUCCAUCAAAUGCUGGGAGACAUCGAUAGAGCUGACGAUGAUGGCUAUUAUUCGGACGAGGAUUGCGGCAACCAAGGAAUAACUGUCAAAAGAUGGAUGAAAGACUUCGAGGAGAUGGCAGAUCUAUGUGAGUGGACUGAUAUCCAGAAAGUAAUAUACGCGAAGAGAUUACUAAAGGGCUCAGCUAAACUGUUCGUCAACUACGAGCGAUGUACAAACUCAUGGAAACAGUUAAAGAAGGCCCUAAUAGCUGAAUUUGCUCCAAGAGUUAGCAGUCACCAAGUACACAAAGAAUUAUGA